AUGACACCGCUCACUCUGGUCCGAAACCUGUUAGCUCAUUGGAAACGGUCUCAUGAGGACCAAGAAAUCUCCUCCACUUCCGAACAAGAAGUCAAGGAGCACAUCGAUCCGGAACUCAUGGAGCCAGACUGUGAGCCAGGACACUUGAUUUGUGUUCCACCGGAGAGACAUCCCGAUCCAAAUAUUCAAGAGAUUGUUCAGAAGGAUUACUUGAGAAAACUGGCUAUCAAAAUUUGCGAAAACGCUCGUCUCAACAGCAUGGCUUAUCAGGGAAGCCAGGAGCAUCAAACCGUAUCCGUCCAUGUCUGUACCGUUGUCGCUCAAUUCCGCGCGGAUUCAAACAUCGGAAUGACUACUAUGAGAUCCAACAUUCUCAAAAAUCCAAUCGUCUUACCUGGAAUGGAUUAUAUUUUUGCUGCCAGUCUCCUCUUCGAAUACAUUCUUUCGGAGUACGACUACAAUCUGGUGUUUUUCACACCAAGAUCGAUUAUGAUAUCCGUUGGCUUCCCAACUCGUCGUAUCUCCACGGAUGUCUUCGGCUACGAUUCGACCAAACCGGAGACUGAACAAAUGCUCCAACGAUGGAUGAGCCAUGUCUCAAAUGUCAGACACAUCCAUAUUGGAAAUAUUGAAACUCCCGAGCAGGAAAAUAGAUGUGCCGCUAUAUAUGAGCAAUAUUUUGAAGGUAGAAUCGAAGGAGUUCAAGGGGAUAAUGUCUCCAAAGCUUUGUGCGAAACGUUUCGCAUCAUGCAUCCAAGCUUAGCAUAUCAUUCGGACUCGAUUUCGAUGAAACUUGUGAUCAACUGGAUUAUGGGAUGGAUCAACAACAAAGAAACCUACAAACACCUCACGGAAGUCCGGUUCAGCAGCCGAUCCGAAGAAUUCAACUACUCCAAUUUCUUCAAAUGGCUGUCAAUAGACGAAUCUUCUUUGCCUGCAAGAAACAGAUUGCAGUUGCAAACUCCAGAUAAACGACAAUGUUGUGUAUACGUUCACGAUACUGGUGAAAUUCAAUUUUUCACCGGCGGCGACUAUGAAUUGAUGACUUAUAACAAACAUCCAUUCGGUCCAGAUGGUCUGAUCGACAUCAACGUUCUGUACAAAAGAUAUGUAAUGAUGGAUCACUAUGACUCAGAGUGUACCAACUUCUACGACUACUAA